ACUCAUUAUUAUACUGUACUGUAUUCCAAUUUUUAAAUAGCUCCCUCCUUACCAAAUAGACAUCUCUCUAACACACAUUUAAGUAAUUUGUGGAAAUUGGUUUUCAUCCUAGCUCAGGGUCACGCGAACCCUCGGAAGGGCGAGCAGGGAUGACGCACAACCGGCCAGGGAGAGCGUGCAUGCGUCUGGAUGAUGUCGACUAGAACGUCAUGGCAAUUCAAAUUUCACCUUCAAUAAAAAAAAUAACUAAAAAUAAAUAAAUAACUUUGCGUAGACGUGUUCAUGGAGAUGAAUGGACAGUAGUUAAUUUAACAUGCUGGGCGCGCGAGGCAGCGACCUCGUGGGGAGAAGUGAAAUCCAAGCGUGACGUCACACCGCCAACAGUCUUGGAAGGAAGGAGAGCCGACACUUGGAUCGCUCAACAAGUUGUUCUUUUUUUCUUGUUCGAGUAGACAGAAAACACCAUUCAAAAGAAGAGCACGCCGUCUUCAUCUUUAUGAUCUUUAGCGCGCGUCCGCGUGGACACAUGUCACACAGGGUCGCGAGUGAAGAGCGCGCGUGGCUGAUGUCGGGGAGAAGGUGACCGUGUUCGGAUACCACUGAGCCCGGAUGGAGCACGAGCUGUCUGGUGGGUUCGCGUUUUCACUCCUCCGUCACCAUCAACGUGAUCGUCGUCAUUUUCCCCCCACCCCACCCAUGAACGUCUCCAUGCCUUCCUUGGAGAUUCAAUUUGGGGUGGCGCGUCUCCGAGUGGGAGCCUAAUUUAGUGCGCCCCUCUUUGCCCAGCGACGACCCUCCCCUGACAGCGGAUCAAACGCCCUUGUCACUCGCCUUGAUGUCCCCCCGACCACCCUAGGUCGUGCGUGGAAGAGUGGCUCACAUUUUGUAAACAGGAGAGCGAUCCAUUAUCAUCACCACUUCCGUCUCUGGAGACCGGGGAUUCGGUGCCAAUGUGACCGGCGUCGGAGCGAUGAGGGCGGCUGUGGAGAGGCGAGGGAGGGCCUCUUGCGGAGCUUUCAAGGACGAGGAAGGAGAGUAAAAACAUUUGUGAGGACAAACGUCACUCGAUGCCAGGAUUGGAAAUGGAGAUUUAUUAUGCCCCCCAAGGACAGUCAGCCUCCACAAUGACUUUUUCAUUUUUGUGCGUGUAUUCAUUAUAACCUCUUCAAGAAAUUCAACUCACGCUCUGCUGUGAUAUGUGUGCUGGAAGAGACUCAGAUCACACACAUGCAGGACAGCAAGAAGAGAUGUCUGAGUGAAAGGGCUGUGCAAACUGUGCUGCACCUCUUGAGCCAGGGGGGAGGGGUGGGUGCCUUGCUCAAGGGCAUCUGGAGAGUAUUUAGGAAGCAGAUUAGCAUCUCUAAUUUGUCUGCAGCGGAACUCGAAACGUAUUGAUCCUCCUUACUAAUGGAUGGGGUGGCAGGAGGUGUGGGGACACCCAGUAGUGCCGGAGGGUCCGGGGGUGACACCCUCCCCUAUCGUAAUGGAGGGGAGUCAAAGAGACGCAGCAAGGGCAGCCUCCCUUCACCGGGUUACAGGCUGUCCCAGGCAUCCCUGGAGGGUGAGAAGGCUUCUUUUGGGGGGGACACCGCCCCCUCAGGGGGGCGCGGUCGUCGCCUUUCUAUCAUGAGCUCGGGCCUCCCCUUUCGCACAGCUGGCACGCCGACCACCCCGGUGCCUCUCGCUCAUCCGCCACCCCGCUCGGUGGGUUUCAUCCCCUCCCGCGCCGCCCUUGCCUCCACCUCUUCGUCUACAGGUACAGGGGUGAUGGUGGUGGCAACUGGCCCGGAGACCACCACUACCACCGCUUGCAACACCACGGCAGCAGGGACGCCCGAGACGCUCGGACCCUCCGCGCUGGGCGGGUUCGGCUUAGGGCUGGAUGGAGAGGAUUACAGCCAGUCCAACCAGAGCACUUUCAUUCAGAGGCAGUUCGGAGCCAUGCUGCAGCCCGGGGUCAACAAAUUUAGCCUGCGCAUGUUUGGAUCCCACAAGGCUGUCGCUUUGGAACAGGAGCGACUCAAGUCUGCCGGAGCUUGGAUCAUACACCCCUAUAGCGACUUCAGGUUCUACUGGGAUCUGUUAAUGCUGCUUCUGAUGAUGGGCAACCUCAUCGUCCUGCCGGUGGGCAUCACGUUUUUUCGAGACGAGAACACGCCAUCGUGGAUCAUCUUCAACGUGGUGUCUGAUACGCUUUUCAUGGUCGACCUGGUCCUCAACUUCCGCACGGGGAUCGUCAAGGAGGACAGCACGGAAAUACUGCUGGACCCUCGGGCCAUCCGCCACAACUAUCUGAAGAGCUGGUUCCUGGUGGACUUUGUGUCCUCAAUCCCUGUGGACUACAUCUUCCUGAUGGUGGACAGUCUGGAUUCGGAAGUGUACAGAACAGCCCGGGCGUUGCGCAUUGUCCGCUUCACCAAAAUCCUCAGUCUUCUGCGGCUGUUGCGGCUCUCCAGACUCAUACGUUACAUCCACCAGUGGGAGGAGAUCUUCCACAUGACGUAUGAUCUGGCCAGCGCCAUGGUGAGAAUCGUCAAUCUGAUCGGAAUGAUGCUGCUGCUGUGCCACUGGGAUGGUUGCUUGCAGUUCCUGGUGCCGAUGCUGCAGGAUUUCCCGCCUGACUGCUGGGUCUCCAAGAACCUGAUGGUGAAUGACACAUGGGGGGUGCAGUACUCGUACGCCCUCUUCAAAGCCAUGAGCCACAUGUUAUGCAUCGGCUACGGCGCACAAGCUCCGGAGGGCAUGACCGACGUGUGGCUCACCAUGCUCAGUAUGAUUGUGGGCGCCACCUGCUAUGCCAUGUUCAUCGGCCACGCCACUGCACUUAUUCAGUCGCUUGACUCGUCGCGGAGACAAUACCAAGAGAAGUACAAGCAGGUGGAACAGUACAUGUCCUUCCACAAGCUUCCUGCAGAUGUUCGUCAAAAGAUCCACGAAUACUACGAGCAUCGCUUCCAAGGAAAGAUGUUUGAUGAGGAGAACAUACUGGGAGAACUCAGCGAGCCACUUAAGGAGGAGAUCGUGAGCUUUAACUGCCGCAGCCUGGUCGCCAACAUGCCACUGUUUGCAAAUGCCGACCCAAACUUUGUCACCGCUGUGCUCACCAAACUUCGCUUUGAGGUCUUUCAGCCGGCUGACUUCAUUAUCCGAGAGGGCACCGUGGGAAGGAAAAUGUAUUUUAUCCAGCAUGGACGCGUUAGUGUGCUCACCCGUGGAAACAAAGAGACGAAACUAAGCGAUGGUUCUUACUUUGGAGAAAUCUGUUUGUUGACUCGAGGACGGAGGACGGCCAGUGUACGUGCGGACACAUAUUGUCGUCUGUACUCUCUCAGCGUAGACAGCUUUAAUGAGGUACUGGAGGAGCACCCCAUGAUGCGGCGGGCCUUUGAGACUGUCGCCGUCGACAGAUUGGACCGCAUAGGGAGGAAGAACUCUGUGCUUCUGAGGAAGUCAUCUCAAGGAGGCUCUCUCGGGGGCAGUAUGGGCCGUGGCGGAGGCCGAAGUGGGGGAGGCCCGGGGGCAAGCGGGGGCAUGGCAGCCGGCAGUUUGGGCUCAUGCGACAGCAUAUUGGUACAGCAGAUCGUCAAGCAUGACAGCAUGCCAGCCAUGCAGGACGCCAUUGCCGCAGCAGCGGCAGGAAGAAGCGGAGUCAUCGGAGGAAGUGGUGCAAUAUCCCCCAGGCCCCGCCCUGUCAUCUGGGCACCACUAGUACACGCCCCACUGCAAACAGCCGCUGCUACCAGCAACGUGGCUAUUGCUCUCAUGCACCAACAGCAGCAACAGCAACAACAGCUCCAGCAGUUUCAACAGCAACAUGCACUUGGUGGCACGUUCUUCCUGCCAUCCCCUCUUAUCUCGCCAUCACCCUCUUCCUCAUUUCCGCUCUCACCUCCUCGAGCUCCUGUCUUGCAACCCCUCCGCCCCUCUGUCAGCUCCCUCAUUGGUAUGAUGGCAAUGAGCGGGAUGGGAGGUUUGUCUCCCAGACCGUUCCCUGUCUCCCCCUCCACCAUGGGCCCACUUGGCGGGUUGAUGUCACCACCAGUGGCCAAAACUCCACCUGCUGCAGCCUCCUCUGUGCCAGCCCAACAAGGAAGGACUCUGCUUUACAACAUGCGCAUCCAGGCUGAUCAUCCCUCUGUACAAGGUGGAUCUCUUGGCACCCAAACCAGUGGCGGCGCAUCAACACCAACUGUACCCAAGAUGCAACCCAACAAUCCUUCUCCUGCAGCCAUUUGCCCGUUAGACAGCGGCACUAAUGUGACAAACCAGCAAGGGGCAAAAGAAGCCCUACUGCGCCAUGGUGGCAACAGUUGUCAAGCCCUGCCUGCUUUAGGCAGACUCACCCAGGAGGCGAGGCUCCUGUCUGCAUCACAGCCCACUUUGCCUCACCGCUCUUGGGCUGGAUUGCAGCCCCAUCCCCCGCUCCAUCGGAAGGCUUCCGGAGGGAAUUUGCUAGCAGCUCCUUUCUUGGCAGGACAGUUAGCACGAGGUGGCAGUGCAGGGAUACUGACCUCCAACCCUCCGGUGCAGCCUAUUGCAAACCUUACAUCCAAUACCCAAAUACAAUCACCUAUUCUGCCUGCCAUGUACACACAAUGUGCAUCUCACACUGCCCCAUUGCCCAUCUCCACACCUCCACACAUGCUGACUGCAGCUCCCUCUCCAAAACAAACACCGCCAACCGCCACCUCUUCACCUGUGCCCACUCCCUCAUCCCCAACACCAAUGCCCUCGCAGACACCCCGCCCUAAACCAACUCUAACUGCAUCUUCUCGUUCAUCCUCGCCACCUCCUUGCUCCACACCUCCCACGACAGGAACCACCCCAUUGUCUCUUGUUUCAACUCCACGUCCCAAACCGCUUGCCACGCCUUCUCCUUGCUCCUCAUCUCCUUCACCUUCCUCCACCCCUCCUCCAUCAUCCGUUUCACCUCCAGUUCCACUUCCUCAAACAUUUGGACCAAAGUCCUCUCUAAGCUCUUCACCCCCAUCACCUGUAGUCGCCAUGUCCACAGCUCCCCCCCAAGGUGCCCGGGUCAAGGCAUCCAAUACGCCACCCACUGUGUCACCAUUGUCUGGUCCAAGCCCUGCACAAACACCAAUCCACUCCCCAACUCUCACACAGGUUGCACGCACCCAUCCCUCAACCUCUUCCCAAACAUUAUCAUCCCUUUUCUCCCAAACUCCUACCCAGACACUUGCCCCACCUUCGCCACCUCCAUCCUCUCCUUCCCUUAGUAAAUCCCCAAGUCCAACCUCCUGUCUGCAGCCUUCCAUUCUAAGUUCUACCCGGACCCCUUCCUCCAGCCAGAUCCCCAAACCUGUGUCAUCCCUAAUUUCAAAUCCUACCCCAGUGAGCACAAGUUCCCCCACCAAAGUCCGCUUCACUGUUCAUCCAGUCAAGCAAACGCAUCCCGUGCACACUCCUAGUACCACACCAGGUUUGAAUCAUCCUGCAAAGCCAAACCCUGUCUCAACAAAACCCUCUUUUCCUACUACAUCUCUGAGUGACUCUGCUGCGUCCACUCACCCAUCUAAACAAAAUACAGUAACCACAGUCGCACCGACCCACACCCCCAAACACAAUUCAUCCUCGCAGGCUUCCAUCUCAUCAACACAUACAACCAUGCCGGCUAACAACACCUCUCCUAAGGUGGGUAAAAAUGAACCCCAGCUGCCAGUGGCCAGAAAAGACUCAGAGGGGCUGAGACACAAACUGCCUGCCAACAUGUAAACAAAAACAGAGGAGGAAUUGUACUUUCUGGCUGCACGAACACAGUUGUGCUGACAUAUAGGCAGACAUCCAGUCUCAAGUGGACAACUUCAUGGUGUUUGCAUUCAUGCUAGGAUGUGAUUGUCUUAGAACAUCAUGUGUUUGUGUGACUCAACCAGGCCACCCAUCAAGGAAGAAGAGAUGCAUCGUGUGUACUGUACAUGCAUAAAUAUGAGGGUCAGCGAUUGUUGGGGCCAGCAUGACACAUGUGUAUGUGUGUGUGGUGGUGGUGGUGGGGUAUUGUUCCAUUUCCAUUAUCUGUUGGAUUAAAACAGCAAUAUAUGAGCGAUAGCUUCCAAUGCUGCGCAUUUGUGUUGGGACAUGUCCAGAUUUAUUGUUAUAGUGACUCCACUGACCAGAUUUACAGAAGUUAGAAUAUGACAGAAAGUGCUAGAUUUGAGGGGAAAUAUUUAAUGUAAUCAAAAAACAUUUCCAGGACGCUCUGUAGAAAUGGGAUGGAUGGGUGAAUGAAGUAGUAAUUAAGAAUAAUUAAUAAAACACAAAUUGUUGGGCUUUGACCAGGGAUGAAAGUGGACUGGAACGCCGUUCCGGCAAGAAAUCCGGUGCUGGAAUGGUGCUUUGAUCCCCAAAAUAUGACGGCAACUGUCAAAACCCAUGCUAAAACGACCUGCCUGGCUGCUACACAGGCUUCUGCAAGAGGAAAACAAUCUACUAACGGCAGAUUUUCUGUACAUACACAAGUGUUAACAACAAGCAUAAUAAAGUGCUUGUGUAGCGUCAUCCGUUUCCACCUAUAUUUAUUAAUUCCACGGACAGCACGAAGUUCUUCAAGCGUGUGUGUGAUGUGUCGUGUCACUGUCGAUUUGUGCAUUAGUGUUGAGUCGAUCAUGAACGAUUCGUUCUAUUUGAACGAAUUGUUAGGAGGAACGAGACCGAACUAAUCACCUUCAGCACUGAAUAGUUCUUAAGGAAGUUGGGAGUUGGGACUUGCGUGGGAUGGUGCUGAGCAAGCAGCAGCCUCUGACAUCGCACACACCAAUCAGAUGCCAGCCUCAUCGCAGGCAGGGGAGGGAGCGGUAAUAGAAUCAGAGCGUCUGUCACUCACUUCCAUGUGUGGCCAAUAAGCAGCCAGCAUGCAGGCAGGGGGCAAGAUGUCACUUCCUGUUCACUUACUUGGUCCUCCUGACCGAGUUUGCUGCUAACUUGACUUCCCAGUCACGAAGUGAAUUAGUAAAAAACUGAAAUGAAAGGACUUUGGCAAAUGUUUGUUAAUGUGGAGCCUAUCAUAUGCUCCUCAAACACACAAAAACUAGGGUUGGGAAUCUCUGGCAUGAAGCCGAUUCAAUAUGUAUCUAGAUACACAGGUUACGAUUCGAUUAAAAAAAGAUACAUUUUUAAGGCCGAGCGAUUCGAUACAGUGUAAGAACGAUACGGUUCGAUAGAAUGAAAACGAUACGAUAGUAAAUAUUUGUUGUGUGUUUGUACAGUAUUUUAAACAUAUAAAUAGACCAUAUUUCUAACAUAGCAAAAUUAAACAACAAAAUUUCAUAACAAUGUUAUGUUUUAUUUUUUUUUAUGAAAAAAAAAAUAAGGCUUACUAUAUGACCGUCAUUUUGUUGGAUGGGAUUGAUAAUAAAAUAAAACUCCAGUAACAGACAACAAUAAAGUGCAGUAAUUCAAUUACUGUAUUUCCUGGUGUUUUUAACACAAGAGGUAAGUAAUUUAAGUGCAAACUUUCAACGUAAACAUCUUACAAACAAAAAAUAUUAAUUAUAUGCAGCAGCUCUAGAAAAAAAAAAAAAAUUAAACCCGCUAGUGUUAUCAUAAAUAAAUAAUAAAUUAUGCUUUACGACUGGUAUAAUUGAGGGAAUAAAAACAUGGCAUUUUAGACAGACAGGUCAGUAAUCAUUACUUUAACCUAAUACACAGCAAAGUCAUUCACUUAUGCCUGUGCUUCCUCAUUUUUUAUUCCUCAUCACUGUCCAUAUCUUUUUGAAGGCCAGAUUUUUCUUGAGGAAGAUCAACUAAUCCACAUGUUCAUGUUUAUGUAGACUGCGUUUCGUGGAAACAAUAUGCCGCCCUUUCCUCCAUUGUAGUGGGUUAUUUUUGAGGAUUAAAAACUCACGAUCUCUGUACCGCUCCACACUUCACACAAGCUCUGUCCCAUGCGAACAGAUCUGGCUGCCUUCAUCACUUCAAAGUCCGACUUUUGUUUCCCUGGGUGCGCUGAAAAUCAAUCGCUGCACGUCGCUCGGGUUGGUGAUCACACCGUCCAUUGUUUUAGCAUGUUGCUUUGUUGCCACUACUAGUUUCGUUUUGGGCUGUGAAGAAAAUGCUACGGAGCGUGCGUUACAGUGGUAUCGUUAGCUCUCGCGUUGUUAUGACACGCCCGUGAUGAUCGGGUAAUGACGGCGACUAGUAGCGGUUCUGCCGAAAUGCAUGGGAAGUUGAGGCAACCACGAUUGUGAGUAGUGCUUGUCCAUAUUAUAUCAUGCGUGCGGUCGCGAUUUAAGUGCGCUGUGUGGUGAAUGACACAAGCACAGCAUGUGAAGUAAAAGCUAAAUUAUUAUCAUACUAAGCAAUGUAUUGAACUAGGCAUUAGAAGCCGAUUGUUGUGCUCGCGAUAGCCGAAUUCUAUCUCUACUAUCGGUUCAUUGAACAUUUAAUGGCUAAUUACUGUCGAAUGGUAACUUUACUAUCGAUACAUCUGUAUCUCUCACCUGUAAAACCGGAUAUCCGGUCAUAUCGGUUUAUCGUUCUCAAGCUUAACAAAAACAUCACGCAAACAUAGUGAGCAUGGUUUCAUGUACUACUUUUCUCAACAGACUCGGGACUACAUAUGACGACAUACUAUGAACUUUAUAGUAGUUUAAAACUCUUUCGUCAGUAGCUACGAGGCGGGCAAAAGCUUAGCUGCGGACACGUCACGGCAGCGCGGGGGGAGAGAACUGUCAGUCAGGAGGUUUGAACCCCAAUAAAUGUUUUUUUUUUUUUUUUUUAAAAGACAGGAAAUUCUAGUCACUUUCACCUCUGGCUUUGACACCACUGCGAAGAGAUCAUUAAAGGUGUUCUAAAACAACAAAUCUAAUCAUGACCUAACACUUAUGCGCAGUACUGUAAAGAACAACUAUAAAUAUAUUUUUUUUCUAGCGUUGGUGAAAGGUGCGAGUUACAAAUGCACACAGGCAAUACAUUGCUUCCUCUCACUUCCCACCUCCAUCAAAGCUUAAUAAUAACAAAAAGAUUCGUACACAUGUGAAUAUUUAAGAGAAGUACACAAACAGUAGUUUUGGUUUCUCCCAAAUGUGUGUUUUUUUCUCAUGCAGAAAACUUUUAAACUUCUCUCUGAACAAUUUAUGUGAAUUGCAGUUUUCUCUAAGCUGUAUUGAUCACCGCUCUGCUGUGCACUGUGGCUCACUUUAGUUUGGCUGGUUGUAAAUACGCGCCUUGUAGCCCGCCUUCCUUUUCUGGCUUUCAUCUAUGUUCAUGCUUUCAUGUGACUUCACAGCUCUGCACGCAAGCGCUUCCUUUUGACACCUCUCUCAGUUUCCUCAACACUCCAUCAGCCUCUUGUUCACAUGGCUGCAUCCUCCCUAUGUAGCUUUGUCUUUUACCCUCCAUUUCCACUCAUAUUUGAUGUUCUGUGUGGGUAGCAACAAGGAUACCAUGAUGCCUAGACUAUAUCUAUAUUUAAGGACCAAAAUGUUUAUUUUGUAUUUAUCACAGCUUUAGCUUUUGAAUGGAGUAAAAAAAAAAAGAGCAAUUCAUAUUAGGUGAUGGAAAGACAGUGAUUGUCAUAAUGAUGUUGUAUGUGUGACUAUAUAAUAAAAAUAAAGCUGCUUUAGAUAUCAUAUUUUUCAGUGUUUUGAAGCAU